CCCAGAGGGGAAGAGGGACAGCAUGAGUGUGAAUGCUGAUGGGGAUAGCAACGCGUGGAGCAACAGAGCUGCAGAAUCCUGAAUCCAGCAGAUGGAGACUCCGUGUCCUUGUUUUGUGGUGAUCUGUGGAAGCAACAUGCAGCUCGCGCCUCUGCCUCGAACUGCUGCAGUGGAGGAGUAAAUGCGGAGCCCAGCACUGCUCCAGGUGAUCCACAGCAGCCCAGCCCGGCAGACUGCUCCCUCCUCAGCCUUCCCUCUCCUCCUCCUUUUCCUCCUUCUCCUUUUCCACCUCCUCAUCCUCUUCCUCCUCCACCACCUCCUCUUUUUCCUCCUCCUCCUCCUCUUCUUCCUCCUAUGUCACUGCUCCAUUCCUCUGAGGGCUUUGGAAAGAGAUAAGAAAGGAUCAGAAAAGCAGAGGAGAAAUCCUGCUUUCCCCCCCUCCGUUCUCAGAUGUGACACACCUCUGCCCGACUGUCCGCCGCUUCCCUGUCAUCGUGUGAAGACACGCCGCAUAUGUGCUCAAAUGUCUCCGGAACAUAGACUCGCUACUAGACCAGAAGACUUCAUCUUGGUCUCUGUCUCGAAAGUUCAAUGAAGGCAGACGCCUCCCUCCAUCCAGGAACAUGAAGGGCUUAUCGGGCAGCCGCUCCCAACAUCAGAUUCCUCUACCCCACGGCUUGGACUAUGAUCCCCACGUUCAUGACAUCCACACCCACCAUGGCGCUGAGUCCCGCCACCCAUCCUACCUGCUCAGCCCCACAGAGAGCUGCCCUAUGGACUUCCACCACCGCUACUCACCACGCAGCUCCAUCCACUCCGACUGCAUGAUGAUGUCCCCUGUCAUGAUGCCCCCAGCUGCUGCAUCUGACCACAUCUCCAGUAGCACCUUCCCCAGAAUGCACUACAGCUCUCAGUAUUAUGACUCAGCCACACGGGACGACUGCGCUGCCAUCACAGCCUCCGCCACAUCCCCAGCUGUUGCGGCUGCUGCAGCUGCAGCAGCUGCCUCUUCCCACCAUGCUGGCACCAAGAGCAACCGCCUUCCUGCUAAUCUCCUGGACCAGUUUGAGAAACAACUGCCACUGCACCGUGACGGCUUCCACACUCUACAAUACCAGCGCACCUCCACCACCACCGAGCAACGCAGUGAGAGUCCCGGCCGCAUUCGACACCUUGUUCAUUCAGUCCAAAAGCUCUUCACCAAGUCCCACUCACUGGAGGGAUCGUCCAAGAUGAAUGGCACAAAAGGUGACAUUGUAGGAGGGGGUUAUCACCAUCAUGGCCACCACUCCACAAAACACGGUAGCAAGAGGAGCAAGAGCAAAGAACGUAAGCACCGCUCUGGUGGCUGGUGGAGCUCAGAUGACAACCUGGAUAGUGACAGCACCUAUCGCACACCCAGUGUCAUGUCACGGCACCAUGGGGAACAUGUCGGCCACUACCACCCAGAUUCCAUGCACAGCCACCACUUCGGAGACCUGUCACUCAAGACCUCAAAGAGUAACAAUGAUGUCAAGUGCUCAGCAUGUGAGAGUAUGGCCAUGGGACCCGAGGGCAAGUUCAUGAAGAGGAGCUCCUGGUCGACUCUAACAGUCAGCCAGGCCAAAGAGGCCUACAGGAAGUCAUCGCUUAAUUUAGAGAAACCCAUGAUGUACACGGACCUCAAGUCAUCGCGGACAUGUCAUUACCUGCAGGUGCCCCAAGACGAGUGGAGUGGAUACCCAGGUGAGAAGGAUGACGAGAUCCCAUGUCGGCGGAUGCGAAGCAGUAGCUAUGUUAAAGCAAUGGGAGAGGUGGAUGAUGAAAGUGGGGACUCUGACACCAGCCCUAAGACCUCUCCACAAAAGAUCAUUCGGUCAGAUGCUCUUGUCCUCAAAUCAGCCAUGCAGAGACCCCAUUUAGACUCCCACAGCCAGGGCUACCACUUGCAAACCACAAGAGAUAUACAGCCCCACCCUAGUGUCACGCUGGACCCUGCCACCUUUCAUCCCCCGCCCUUCCGCUCUCGCAACCAGAGCUACAUGCGCGCCGUCAGCACCCUCAGUCAGGCUAGCUGCGUCAGCCAGGUGAGUGAGACUGAGAUCAAUGGCCAGUUUGAGUCAGUUUGCGAGUCCGUUUUUAGUGAAGUAGAAUCCCAGGCCAUGGAGGCCUUGGACCUGCCUGGUUCGUUCCGCACUCGAAGCCACAGUUACCUCCGUGCAAUUCAGGCUGGUUAUUCCCAAGAUGACGACUGCUUGCCUUCAAUGACAUCCUCCACUGUCACUUCAACUCUCAGAUCCACAACAGGCCUCCGUAGCUUAGCUGGGGGGCGUAGAGAGUACGGUAGGUCUGGGAUUCAGUUUCGUCUCCCUACUUCCUGCAGCGUGGAUCGUGCUCAGCCACCUCCAGCGGUAUCAUAUCCUCCCAGUUACAAGAAGACUCCACCUCCUGUGCCCCCGCGCACCACCACCAAGCCUCUUAUCUCUGUAACAGCCCAGAGCAGUACAGAGUCCACCCAAGAUGCCUACCAUGAGGGCAGGCAUCCACGGGGUGGUCUGUGGACCACAGACAGUCUCGGCCGUCCCAUCUACAGCUCCAUGGACAGCCUGGACAGCACCAAGGCGGUUACCAUGGCCAUGGAGUCAGCAGCAAGCAAGAGGCAUGCGUCGUUAGGCAGCCACACCUCGGUCCAGACAUGCGACAAAGCAGUGCUGGUGUCCAAGGCUGAGGAGUACCUCAAAACCCCACGUUCCUCUAUUGGGAUACAGGUGGAAACUGUGACAGACUCUGAGACUGACACUAAAGGCCUUCCUCAGUUCCAUUCUAUAGGGAUCCAGGUGGAGGAUAAAAAACGGCAUGGGAGGUUCAAGCGCUCCAACAGUGUGACCACUGCAGUGCAAGCAGACAUGGAGUUGGAGGGAUUUCCCUCCAUGGAGGAUAAAGGUUUGCAGUUCGGUGGUGCCUUCGGCCGCCACUCUGAGCCCAGCACGCCAACACAGUAUGGAGCGAUCCGUACGGUGCGCACGCAGGGCCUUUUCAGUUACAGGGAGGACUACCGGCCUUCCAGUGGGCCACCCAGCCCGCAGCCUGAACCCUGGCUGGUUGAACCCAGCCUGGAGAGCACCGACACAGGCCGAGUAUCCCCCCUCCGCAGGGACGGCAGCUGGUUUAUGCAGCUCCUUCACAACGAGACCAAGCGGUUGGAGGCAUGGUGCAAAGAGAUGGAGGCAGAGGCAGAGGAGCAUGACAUGUCAGAGGAGAUCCUAGGAAAAAUCCGAAGUGCAGUUGGGAGUGCUCAGUUAUUAAUGUCUCAAAAGUUUCAGCAGUUUUACUGGCUAUGCCAGCAGAAUCUGGACCCCAGUGCCAUGCCCAGACCCACAUCUCAGGACCUGGCUGGAUUCUGGGACCUUUUGCAACUUUCCAUCGAUGACGUCACUGCCAAGUUUGAUGAGCUGCAGCAGAUUAAGAGCAACCAGUGGCAGCUGGUGGAGAGCCCAGAGAAGAAGGAGCGGAAGUGGCCACCCCCUCUGCCAAAAAGGUCAGCCAAGGGGCGUGGCGGUGUGACGCGGGAACGCUCUCUGGACCUUCAGGACCGCCAGCGACAGGAAGCCCGCAGACGCCUCAUGGCUGCCAAAAGAGCAGCUUCUUUCAGACAGAACUCGGCCACAGAGAGGGCAGACAGCAUCGAGAUCUACAUCCCUGAAGCCCAGACGCGGCUUUGAGGUCCACGGAUUCAUCCUCAGCUCCCCUCGUGCACCUCCACCCGACACCAGCACGUGGCGCCACAUUCAGCCCCCUUGUGCUGUCAACUAUUGUCGCUGCUUAUCCAUGUUUCCAUCUGUUGUAAUACCCUGGGUUGUCUCUACUGAAUCUACACUAAGCAAAUAUUUCACCUGUAGAAACCAAAAGUGUCUCCAGAACAGUAAAAACUGGACAACAGAUCAUUUCCCUCUUGGUUUUUUUUGGUCAUUUGUUUGGCUAAUGAUGAUCUUGGGCCAGCUGAAUUGGUGAUGAUAGUAUGGUGUUUAUGCACGGAUGUGGAUAUUUAAAAUAAGAACAACAACAGCAAAAAAAAAAAAAAAACUCAUAAAAAGUCAGUUACAUCUCUGCCAUUUGGAGCGGCUAAAACAGAA